GUACCGUUCCUGCUUUUUUCCCAUAUUUUAACUGACGGACAACACAUCCAAUCAACAGCUGAAGUUGUCCUAUCCGACAGCUCGAUUUACCAAUACGAAAGGGGCAGGGGCUGGACCCGUAGGCCCACAGAAGCAAGUGGAGGUUGUCUUUGUGUAGUGGCUGGUAAACUGCGGGCAUUCAUUGGAGAAACAUUGUUUCAUAAAUGAUGCUUUCUAGUAAGAAAUCUGAGCCAGGCUCCUCUUCUUCCUCUUCAUCCUCCCUGCAAGGAGGGUGUAAUGAAGGAGUCACAGACUUGCAGAUGCUGUCUCAACCAGGAGUUCCCAGUUCUACUGCCACUGCUUUGGAUAGUGGGUUGUCUGGUGACCGCACUCCUAGGAAGAAGGAGAGAGCAUCCCCAAGUGGGGAUCCUGCUGGACCACCUAUUUCUCACUCUGCUUCCAGCAACAUUGAUGGUGGAGGUGCAGACAGUGCAGAAGGACGCCGGACCAGCCGCCGCAAACGACCUAAAGUGGAAUAUAGGGAAAUGGAUGAGAGUCUUGCAAAUCUUUCAGAGGAUGAAUAUUAUUCAGAGGAGGAAAGAAAUGCUAAAGCAGAAAAAGAGAGAAAACAGGUACUGCCUCCCCCAGCUCCACCAGUAGAAGAGGAAAACGACAGUGAGCCAGAGGAACCAUCAGGAGUGGAGGGGGCAGCCUUUCAAAGUCGACUACCUCAUGAUCGUAUGACAUCUCAAGAAGCUGCUUGUUUCCCUGAUAUCAUAAGUGGCCCACAACAGACACAAAAAGUGUUUUUGUACAUUCGGAAUAGAACGCUUCAGCUAUGGUUGGAUAAUCCCAAAAUACAGCUAACAUUUGAAGCUACUGUCCAACAGCUGGAAGCGCCAUAUAAUAGUGAUGCUGUUCUUGUCCAUAGAAUACACAGCUAUUUAGAGAGACACGGGCUGAUCAACUUUGGUGUCUAUAAGCGUGUAAAACCCUUACCAACCAAAAAAACUGGUAAAGUAAUAAUAAUUGGAGCAGGAGUUUCUGGUUUAGCUGCAGCUCGGCAGCUUCAGAGCUUUGGGAUGGAUGUUACGGUUUUGGAAGCCAGGGACCGUGUAGGGGGACGUGUUGCUACCUUUCGAAAAGGAAACUAUGUGGCAGAUUUAGGGGCCAUGGUGGUCACCGGUUUGGGUGGCAAUCCAAUGGCUGUUAUUAGCAAGCAAGUUAACAUGGAACUAGCAAAAAUAAAACAAAAGUGUCCACUGUAUGAAGCCAACGGACAAGCUGGUGAACGAUGCACAAGUGUUCCAAAAGAAAAAGAUGAGAUGGUAGAACAGGAGUUCAAUCGUCUUUUGGAAGCCACAUCAUACCUGAGCCAUCAGCUUGAUUUUAACUUCCUCAACAGCAAGCCAGUAUCUUUGGGUCAGGCCCUGGAAGUGGUCAUCCAAUUACAAGAAAAGCAUGUAAAGGAUGAACAGAUCGAACACUGGAAAAAAAUUGUGAAAACACAAGAAGAACUAAAGGAACUUCUGAACAAGAUGGUGGCAAGUAAAGAGAAAGUGAGGGAACUCCAUCAGCAGUAUAAAGAGGCAUCUGAAGUGAAGCCACCCCGAGAUAUCACUGCUGAAUUUCUUGUUAAGAGCAAACACAGGGACCUCACAGCACUUUGCAAGGAAUAUGAUGAAUUGGCAGAGGCACAGGUAAAGCUGGAAGAGAAGCUGCAAGAACUUGAAGCUAAUCCACCAAGUGAUGUUUACCUAUCAUCACGCGACAGACAAAUAUUAGACUGGCAUUUUGCUAAUCUUGAGUUUGCUAAUGCAACUCCACUUUCAACGCUCUCCUUAAAACACUGGGACCAGGAUGAUGACUUUGAAUUUACUGGCAGCCAUCUGACUGUUCGAAAUGGGUAUUCUUGUGUUCCUGUAGCACUGGCAGAGGGUCUUGACAUAAAACUGAACACAGCUGUACGUCAAGUGCGUUACAUUCCCUCAGGAUGUGAAGUCAUUGCUGUUAAUACCAGGUCUACUAGCCAGACCUUUAUUUAUAAAUGUGAUGCUGUUCUUUGUACCCUCCCUCUUGGUGUCAUGAAACAACAGCCACCAGCUGUGCAGUUUGUCCCACCUUUACCUGAAUGGAAAACGUCAGCUAUUCAGAGAAUGGGCUUUGGAAACCUUAAUAAAGUGGUGCUUUGUUUUGAUCGUGUCUUCUGGGACCCCAGUGUAAAUCUUUUUGGUCAUGUUGGAAGCACAACAGCAAGCCGAGGGGAGCUUUUCCUUUUUUGGAAUUUAUACAAAGCUCCAGUUCUGUUGGCUCUAAUGGCUGGGGAGGCAGCUGGUAUAAUGGAGAACAUCAGUGAUGAUGUUAUUGUUGGUCGCUGCCUUGCUAUCCUGAAAGGUAUUUUUGGUAGCAGUGCAGUACCUCAGCCUAAGGAGACAGUAGUAACAAGAUGGCGUGCUGAUCCAUGGGCCAGAGGUUCAUACUCUUAUGUAGCUGCAGGGUCAUCUGGAAAUGAUUAUGACUUAAUGGCACAGCCAAUAACUCCAGGACCUGCUAUUCCAGGAGCAUCACAGCCAAUACCUCGCCUUUUCUUUGCUGGUGAGCACACUAUUCGUAAUUAUCCAGCAACUGUUCAUGGAGCCUUGCUGAGUGGAUUGAGGGAGGCAGGUCGCAUUGCAGAUCAGUUUUUGGGAGCAAUGUAUACUCUUCCACGUCAGACAACACCUGGGGUUAAUCCACAGCCUUCUGCUGGAAUGUAGAGUUUUUAUUAGUUGGUAUUGAAUAGAUAAUUAAUUGUAUGUUACCCACUACAUGAGAAAGUCAUCUGCUGUUUUUUUUCUUUCCAUAUAAUACAGUCAAUCAUGUUUUUUUUUCUCUUGCAUUUCAUCCUGAGAAAGUGUUACUGGGAAAGGAAUGCACAUAGCACACCCUUGAGUAAAUCUGUUUAGCCUUUUUAGCGAUAUACUCAAUGAAAAAAACAGCAGUGCAGUCCAUUCAAAUGGACAUGCUUAAAAUGAUGUUGAGUAUUUUUUAAUGAGUCUACAAAACUCUUGAGUGACUGAUCUGUGCAUUUGGAUAAAUAUAUAGAAAUGAAUUCCCUUAUCCAUUUUUAGCCGCAGAUUGAAAUAGAGGGUAAAAAUUUAAUAAAGCUUUGACCUUAAUAUGCAGUGUCAUAUGUAAGUAUUAAAUGUGUAUACUGAGUAAAAUCAGGAGACAUGUAAAUACCUGCCUUUCAUUCAGAUUACUAGCAUUCAGUAGUUAUGAUGUUAAGAACUGGUUAGUUCAGUUCAAUUAUAAUGGGUAGGAAUUGCUAGGUCUGUUAAAAUAGUAGUAAUGAACUCCAGAUAAAUUUUUUUUUAUUUUUUCUUAGAUGGAGGGUGGAUUAGAGGUUAAAACAGUGGCAUCAGCAAUAUUUCUCCUUGUCAAUGUGUCAAUUAAGUUUCCUUAAGGAAAAACGAUAGACUAUGUCCGGAGCUAAGCACAGAUAUACAGACUUCCAACUUGGAUCAGUUAGUAGUGUUGCAAAACGACUACUUGGUUAAGCAUGUAAUGCUGACUGGGAAAAGAUGUAUGGUAUUUGUAUGUUGAGUAUUUUUACUUUUUACGUUUUUGUAUUUUUUUUUGUUAUUGAUUUUUUUUAUUGUAUUUUUAUUGUUUGUUCAUUGCAUAUUUUUUAAUAUGAAAUUUAAUUUAGUAUAAAAAUAAAUAGGGUUUUGUAUUUGUAUUUUGGUUACUGUUUCUCUUUCUCAAAUAGCUCUAAUUUUGCUGCUGCUUUUACAUAAAUGGAAACUGGGGAAGUUUAUUUAAGACAUAAACCACGAAACAUUUCUUUACAAAAUGUCAUGAGAAUCUGGAAUAAACUAUUGGACCUUACCAGUAGUGGAAGCAAAGAUAUUUAAAAAAAACUUUGAUUGUCUGUUUGAGGUAAUGAUGUUAAUUUUCAGUAUGUUAGCAUACCCCUGUAAGGAUAUUGCCCAGAGCACUGUGUGGUUUGAGCAGAAACAGAAGUACAAAAAAAGUACUUGCUAUUAAAUUCUUGUGAGUAGCAGAGCAUUAUCGGGAGUUUGAUGGAUAAAGAGGUGCACAUGUGUAUACAAUUUAAUUAUUAAUAUAUGUGUUAUCUGUUUAACAAAAAGCAUUUUAGUAUGAAAAUUGCAUUCAUAUACAUUAUGACAGUAUCUGCCGAAACCUGGCAUAGGUUUUUGGCUAAAUCGUCCACGCCUACAUCCAAAUCAAUAUAUAUCCAGCUAAGCUGCAGCCUGAAAUUCAUCAGUGAAUGCUGCUUUUAAACAUAAUGUGAAGGAUUACACAGUAAAAUACCCUUUUAUUCACUGUACAUGUGUUUGUAGUCCCUCUUCAUUUGUGUUGUGUUUUGUCAUGCUACAUAUAUAUUUCAUUAAUGUUACUUAAAAAAAGAAAAAGAAAAAAAAACUUUCCAUUAAAUAAAACUAACCCCCAAGGGGUUAACAACUGUCAUCA